AUGGCAUGCUUGGAAAUAGCGACUAGUUCCCGAGCUCUUACGAAAACCAGCCGCAAGAUGGUUGGCGCUGGUCGCGGGCCAGCAUUAAUUGAUGAACUAAGAAUAGUUCACUUCUGGCGAAAUGUUUGGAAGCGAGCGAACGCAGGGCUGUUUAAAAUGUGUUGUGAGUCAAGUGAAAUUCUGCAUGUAAAAUACCAAGAAAAUUUGAGUUUCAAUUUUGUCAUCUUUGCCCCUGGCUCCAUCGCCACUCUUAUCCUGGUACAUCCUCCGCAUUUUUUGUCUUCCUUAGGCGGUAGCAUGAUCGCUCGUCGCUGCGAUCUUCUCACUACGGUGUGGGAACAGACCUUAGCGUAA